UCUCAGGUGUCAUCCACUCAUAGCUUGUACUGCUUUUGGUCUUUUUGUGGGAUUUUAACCUUUAACCUAAAAGUUUAUUUAAUUUUUGAUUUUUCUGAUAAUGGCUAAAACAUUGACUGUGACAUUCAUUCUUUGGAUUGUCGUAACCACUGUCGCAACGACAGAAACUACGUCAACUGCAGAACCUCUCGUGUCAACCACAGAUGGAUCAACACAUUCCAUGACAACAAAGUCUCCAACAUCUGCASCAACCACAGAAGCUACAACAGCUUCAACUCCUACAAAACCACCGACAUCAGCACCAACCACAGAAGCUACAACAGCUUCGACACCGACAAAACCACCAACAUCUGGACCAACGACAGACACUACACCAGAUACAACACCGACCAAACCUCCGACAUCUGGACCAACCACAGACACUACACCAGAUACAACACCGACCAAACCUCCGACAUCUGGACCAACCACAGACACUACACCAGUUUCAACACAGACAUCUGGACCAACCACAGACACUACACCAGCUUCAACACCGACAAAAUCAACAACAUCUGGACCAACCACAGAAACUACACCAGCUUCAACAGCUACUCCACAAACAGAAACUCCACCAACAAAGGGUCCAAGUCUUUCACCAAACACAGAAUCUUUCUCAACGCAAGCUCCCUCCACAGCACCAGAACAAGGAACUACAGAACCUCCAAGUGCAUGUGCUUCCAACCCAUGUCUCGGUGGAAGCACCUGUGAAGAACGUGCUCACCUGACUUACCUGUGCUUGUGUCUGGCUGGUGAAUUUUAUUAUGAGAAUCGAGGCUGUGAAAAGUCCAAAGUUUUCCCUGGACUGCUACUAUUGGAGACACCAUAUGAUGACAAAAUGGCCGACAAAACAUCACAAAUAUUUAAUGAGACUGCUAAAAAAAUUACUGAUGAGAUUGACAAACAGUUCAGAGGUGCAGAAAAGGGAUACAUUAGAGCUUUAGUGCUGGAGCUAAGGGAAAAAAAGCCAGCUCCGGUGAGGUCAAAGUCAAACGGGGUUGAAGCAUCAAUAGAAAUAAUCUAUGAAGCAACUUCUGAUAUCACAGAAGCAGAUGUAACAGAAACGAUGGAAAAGGUCGCCUGUGAAACCUGUCCACUGGCAGGRAGUUUUCAAGCCAAAGACGCUUGCAAUCCCACUGUUUGUGACAAAACAUCUUCAAACUGCAUCCAUACAAAUGGCMUUUUGACAUGCAAGUGUAACGACGGCUACAUUACCACAAAUUACACUGGCAGAUUAUGCGUGGCAUGUCCCGCUGGAAAGAAAGCUGAGAACGGCGAAUGUAAAUCAUGUGGCUUUGGUCUUACUGGUUUUAACUGUACGGACAAAUCGUUGUUGAUCGCUGUGAUCGUUUGCUCCAUCCUUGGAUUCCUGAUGAUUGUUGGGUUGAUCGCUCAGCCAUUUAUAAUAAAAAAAUUAAAGAAGAAAGACUCCAAGAGCAAAGAGGAAGACCUUUGGAAAUCCAACCAAUUCCCUUCCUUUGUCAAACCUCCACCGCCCUACAGCAGCACCAACGGGUCUUCCACCUGGGUCAAAGAACCAGCAAACAGUCUGGUAAAUUCUGGGUUCCCUCGAAUCCCACGGGCAAAUACCAGCAGCAACUGGGGUAGCAAGACCAAYCUGGMGAUGACUCCGAGCAACAGCCGACAAAACUUGGUUUCUUCAGGGAUGAACUCGCAAUUCAACAGCGACCAAGAUGAUAUGUUUUCAUUCUCCCAGAGUCGACCCAAAGUCAACCCCUAUGAGCAGNUCCAGUCCAGAAGCAGCACAUACUCUCCGAACCGAGCCACAAACCCUUACGCUCAGAUCCGAGGCCAGACAAACCCUUCCUUUAGAUAAGGAGAGGGAAGCUGAAUCAAUUCACAAAUUCCUAUAGUGGUGUUUCUUCCCACUUAGUGCAAUUCAUUGGAACCCUUUGAUGUAAAAGAUGUAAAUAGAAGCCAUAUCAGCUGGGAUGUGAAUGUUAUGUAGCAGAUAUUGUAUUAUGUGUUCCUUUAUUACUUAUAUAUUCUAUUUUGGUCUGUUAUA